AUGGCGAGAGGCGGCGGCGGCGAUCCGAGGCCGGAGGAUGACCCCUUCUCCGACGGCGACACCACCGGAUCCGAUUCCGACGAGUCCCCUCAGCAGGGGAUGGGGGGCCGACGCCCCGGCGCCGCCUCCAACCCGAUCCUGACACGCCUCGCGGUGUCGCGGAACCCGAGCCCGCUGGCCGCAGCCACCGCGGCCCCAGGGGUCUGCCUCCUCCGCUUCGCCUGGGAGUCCGCCGCGGGCUCCCUCGUCGGCGCCGUCGUCGGAUACGGUAAAGGUUUGGUUAUGAUGAAGGGGUUUAAAGGAUCAUUUCCUGAUGCUGCGUCAUCUGCUAAGAUAUUUGCUGUUCUUGCUGGUGUUCAAGGUUUGGUAGCCUGCUCUUUGAGAAAACUUCGUGGAAAAGAUGAUGGAAUCAAUGCAGGAGUCGCAGGCUGUUGUACUGGCCUUGCUUUGAGCUUUCCAGGUGCUCCGCAAACUCUGAUUCAGAGCUGCCUGACCUUUGGGACUUUCUCUUACAUCAUUGAGAAGCUAAACAAGCAGCAGCCUGCGCUGGCGCUCCCGCCUACGACAGGGGUGAUGGAUCUGAAGGCUGGACAAAGCGUUCUUCCCCCCUUCACACUUCCUCUUCCGGAUGCGAUGGACGAAUUUUCCAAGUUCCAAAACUUUUUGUCAUCCAAAUUUCGGGGAAACUGA